CGGCGCGGCCUGUGGCGGAGUGUGGCCGUGUGUCCCGGUGUGUCCCGGUGUAUCCCGGUGUAUCCCGGUGUAUCCCGUUGUAUCGCCGUGUGUCGCGAUGGUGAAGCUCACGGCGGAGCUGAUCGAGCAGGCGGCACAGUACACCAACGCCGUCCGCGACCGGGAGCUCGACCUGCGCGGCUAUAAAAUCCCUGUCAUUGAGAACUUGGGGGCCACUCUGGACCAGUUUGAUGCCAUCGAUUUCUCUGACAACGAGAUCCGCAAGCUGGACGGGUUCCCCCUGCUGCGGAGGCUGAAAACGCUCCUCAUGAACAACAACAGGAUUUGUCGCAUUGGUGAGAACCUGGAGCAGGCUCUGCCCAGCCUCACAGAGCUCAUCCUCACCAACAACAACAUUGCUGAGCUGGGUGAACUGGAUCCAUUAUCAACAAUUAAAUCAUUGACUUACCUGAGCGUUCUGAGGAAUCCUGUAACAAAUAAGAAACAUUACAGAUUAUAUCUAAUUCAUAAAGUUCCCCAGGUCAGAGUGCUGGAUUUUCAAAAAGUGAAGCUCAAAGAUCGACAGGAGGCAGAGAAAAUGUUCAAGGGCAAACGGGGUGCACAGCUUGCAAAGGAUAUUGCCAGGAGAGCAAAAACCUUCAAUCCAGGGGCUGGUCUGCCAACAGACAAAAAGAAAACUGGGCCCUCUCCAGGGGACGUGGAGGCAAUUAAGGCUGCCAUCGCCAACGCCUCGACCCUGGCGGAGGUGGAGCGGCUGAAGGGAUUGCUGCAGGCGGGACAGAUCCCCGGCAGGGAGCGCAAACCAGGCCCAUCGGAGGACGGCGAAGAAGAAAUGGAAGAGGAUACAGUGCCAAACGGAUCGUAGCCCGGGCCGUGCUCCCCAGGAGCCCUUUGCCGUGCCGUGCCGUGCCGGUGUCCCCGGCAGGGCGCACCGCCCCCGUCCUCGCGCAUUUCGCUGUUCAAUAAACGAACGGUCCCUUUU